AUGGGGGAGUCUAUCCCGCUGGCCGCCCCGGUCCCGGUGGAACAGGCGGUGCUGGAGACGUUCUUCUCUCAUCUGGGUAUCUUCUCUUACGACAAGGCCAAGGACAAUGUGGAGAAGGAACGAGAGGCCAACAAGAGCGCGGGGGGCAGCUGGCUGUCGCUGCUGGCGGCAUUGGCCCACCUGGCCGCGGCCGAGAAGGUCUAUCACAGCCUCACCUACUUGGGGCAGAAACUAGGGGGCCAGUCUUUCUUCAGCAGGAAGGAUUCCAUUCGCACCAUCUAUACUUCCCUGCACAACGAGCUGAAGAAGGUGGUGACCGGCCGUGGUGCCUUCGGGGGGACCGCUCCUCACGUGGAAGAGCUCCUUUCCCACCUGUCAGAGCAGCUCUGCUUCUUUGUUCAGGCUCGCAUGGAGAUCGCAGACUUCUAUGAGAAGAUGUACACUCUCAGCACACAGAAGUUCAUCAAUGCUGAAGAGCUUGUUGGCCUUUUGGACACCAUCCUCAAGAAAUACAGCUCCAGAUUUCACCACCCCAUCCUCAGUCCUCUGGAGAGCAGUUUCCAGCUGGAGGUCGACGUCCUGAGUCACCUCCUGAAGGCCCAGGCCCAGGUGUCCGAGUGGAAGUUCCUCCCGUCCCUGGUGAACUUGCACAGCGCUCACACCAAGCUGCAGACUUGGGGCCAGAUCUUUGAAAAGCAACGGGAGACCAAGAAACAUCUGUUUGGAGGGCAGUCUCAGAAGGCCGUUCAGCCCCCACACCUUUUCCUUUGGCUGAUGAAACUCAAAAACAUGCUUCUUGCCAAAUUUAGCUUCUACUUUCACGAGGCGCUGAGCCGACAAACAACUGCUUCAGAAAUGAAAGCGCUGACUGCAAAAGCCAGCCCCGACCUCUUUGGAAAGAUUUCCAGCUUCAUCAGGAAAUACGACGCUGCCAACGUGUCCUUAAUCUUCGACAACCGAGGCUCUGAGAGCUUUCAGGGUCACGGCUAUCACCACCCCCAUUCCUACAGAGAGGCCCCCAAGGGAGUGGAUCAAUAUCCGGCUGUGGUGUCUUUGCCCAGCGACCGGCCUGUCAUGCACUGGCCCAAUGUCAUCAUGAUCAUGACGGACCGCACGUCCGACCUGAACAGCUUGGAGAAAGUGGUCCACUUCUAUGAUGACAAAGUGCAGAGCACCUACUUCCUCACCCGCCCAGAACCUCACUUUACCAUUGUUGUCAUUUUUGAGUCAAAGAAAUCGGAGAGAGACUCCCACUUUAUUUCUUUCCUUAGUGAGAUCUCACUUGCCCUUAAGAACCCCAAGGUUUUUGCAAGUCUAAAACCUGGAUCCAAAGGUUAGCAGGUGGUUUGUGUGAAAGGUAUUCAAGACUGGGUAUUGUGUUCUUAAUUGCUCUAACGAUCUACAGUGGUCUAUGAUUAGAGGUUCUACCCCACCCCGACUCCACACCCCUCCCCACCCCUCCCCCACCCCAUGCUGCUUGCAUUUCUAAAUUCAGGACAAACCCUGCCUGAUUGCAUUGCGCCCUUUAUAAGCAAUUAUGGCCAACUGAAUUACAUAUCCAAAGAGUAGUCUAGGAGGUGGUCAUGGAUGCUGGUCUCUGCAGUACAGCAAGGUAUUUUUUUGGCGUUUUCUUCUAUUUUCCUGUAUUUCAUGUAGACUGAUAUUUAUUGGCCUUUGAUUCUUCUUUCCAGAUGUUUUAUAUUGUUCCAAACAUUGUAUUCCAAUGUAAUUUCAAACGCCCUGUCUUUCCCUCCCCUCCUUCCUGGAUGAGUAACUGAGAUACUAUGUAAAACAGCUUUUUUAAAAUCAAGGAGUAUUUUCUAGCUCAUGAAUUAGCAAAUUAACAUGAAACUUUAAGUUUUGUGAUCAGCAAAUUAAUAUUUUUGAUGCCACAAUUAGGGUCUUGAUGAGAAAGUUCUAUCAAUUUUUGAAAUUGACAGUGAUUCAGAAUGGUAGCAAUAGCAUCUGGUUGUUUUUUUUUUUAACAAUUCCGAAGAUUCUCAGGGCAACUUUAAUAGCCAAGGUUGCUUUGGGGAUGACCUGCACAUCUAACUGCAUUUGUUUUUACCCUUAUAAAGUUUGAAUUUUUCACUGUUUUAAAGUCAGUGUAAGCCAUUAAGUGGUCGUUUCUUCCUUCUUCAGGAAAGGAGCAAUUUGGCUCUCUGUUUAUCACUUUUCUGUUGAAAUGCAUGCUCAUGUUUGGCUGGCUCCUCCCUGGUUAUCUUUAGGCUGAAAAAGCAGGCAGUCUUGAUUUUUCAGCCACUUUUAUGCAACUUAACCUACUUCUAUAAAAUCAAAAUGGAGGUCUUGAUACCUUUUACUUGCUAAAAAUCUAUUGUGCAUUCAAAAGGCCUCUUCGUAGUUGAGUAAUCCACCUACAGUUAAGCACAUCUCAACCUGGGUUUCAUUCCUGUCUCCUCCACAUUAUUUUUAGAAGCAGUGAUACAUCUUAACACAUACUUCCUUAACGCUUUCCUUCAGUAGGUGUUCAUGGGGAAGGAGACAGAUCAGUGAAGCCAUAAUGGACUGUGGAGACCUUCCCCUUCUAGGUUAUUGAUUCAGAAUAAAAAUAAGCCACAAAGAGUAAUUGAGUUGUUACUAUUUGAUAGUUCCUUCAAAGCUUGUGUGCAGCAUAAUGAUCAGAGCAGUCCCCUUU